ACCAGCAACACUUAAACAGCUUUCACAAGGCUUGAGAUGAAAAUAAUCAGCGUUUAUACUUCUGAUUUGUGCUAAUUCAGGGUUUUCUUCAAGGACUUUUUAAACACGAAAAAUCUCCUCUAUCCUGAUGGGGAACUGAAAACCAGACUAUCACCUAAAACAAGGAACAAUACAAUAAUGCAUUCAGUGCCAUUCUAGCAAGUUUUGGGAGCUGAAUCUUGAAACCUCUUUAUGAACAAAAGAAACUUAACAUGAUGGAAAACGCAUCCUCCGUCCACAGCGAUGUCAAAUUCCUGCUCUUCCAGCGCUACCUCUUCCCACCCGUCUACAUCCUGGUGCUGGUUUUGGGAUUGAUUGGAAAUCUGGGCGCGCUGUAUUACUUCAUCUUCAAAAUCCAACAGAAAUCGCCUUCGAACAUAUACAUCAUUAACCUAGCGGUGGCAGACACGCUUUUCCUGUUCGCCUUGCCCUUCCGCAUUCACUACCACCUCAAUGACAGCAACUGGAUAUUCGGCGAUGCCAUGUGUCGCAUCACAGGCACGAUAUUCUUCGCCAACGUGUACAUCAGCAUCACCUUCAUGACCUGCAUCUGUGUUGACCGAUACAUCGCCACCCUCCACCCUCACACUUACCUUCGUCUUCGAAACACUUGGCUCACUGCGCUGGUGAGUGGUACAGUUUGGCUGGUUUCUGGGUCGGCCAUGUUGGCCUUCAUGCUAACAUGCCCAUUGUCAAGCAAAGGGAAAAUGUGCUUUGAGGGAUUCACAUCAAAAGAAUGGAGCGAUUUGGCGCCCUAUAGUGUUUGCAGCCUCAUUUUUGGAUCCCUUCUUCCUUCUGUGGUCAUUUUGGUUUGCUACCCACUGGUGGCCCAUCGAAUUGCCCAAAUCAAGAAUUCGACCGCCCGUGGGGCUCGAAGGAUCAUUUAUGCCAUCCUGGCCAUCACCAUUCUGUGUUUCCUGCCUUACCAUGUGGUCCAUCUAGUGCACCUUCUGUCACGCUUGAGUGAAAAUCAAGAAGAUGACUGGAUUUACUUUCUGCGUAGGGUGACCAUGGCUCUGGUCAGUCUGAACAGCCUCUUAGACCCGAUGUUGUACUAUUUUGCCACCGGCCACUACAAGUGGAGGCUCAAAAGGCUGAGGCUGAAGAAGAAAAAGGGGGUUUAUUCCAUUUCCAAUGGAUUUUGAGAAAAAUUGAUUUCCAAUUAGAGUGCUCUGUGCCAUGUAAGACAAGUGGGCAGCUAAAAAAUAAAUAAAAAUAGCAUUUCCAUCUGCAAUGGCAAGUGCAAAACUGAAAUGUGGACUCUAGUUUAACUUGCUGCAAGUUUGAUUAAAGUUGCUGUAGGUUUUGGACUCUUCUCAAGCAUAGAAAAUACCUUAACAUGUUUGCAGAUGUUUAAGAAACAUGCUAACAUACUUGUUUAUCUGAACAACAAUGCUAAAGUCAGUUAUUCUCCUUCAAAAAUUGUAGCCGGCAGCUAGCUCUCUGCGACUCUCACAUGGUCCACUGAAGCGAAGUCAGUACCUGGAUGGGAGACCCAGGGUUCAUACACAUUUUUACCACAAAAAUUCCAUGACUUUACCAGGACUUUCAAGUCAAUUUUCAUGACCUAAUGUUUCAUGUAAUGUCAACAAAUACAUGGUAAAUAAUAAGAAAAACUAUGCACGUUUAAACUUAUUACAGCAUAUCAUAAAACAUGCAACAAUCUCUUUAGUUUCAAUUUAUUUUUAUAUCUAUGUAAAAUAGAUGACGCUUACACAGCACUAAC